GAAGGUGUUUGAUACAAAGUCUUAUUUAGACUCUUUCAAAGUCUCACGAGUUGCUUGUUUGCAGUAAGUGGUGAUUGGUGUUGCUUUUUGAUAGUUUGACACGAUGAAAGGACGUUAUAAAAUACAGGAGGAUAAGGAGUGGGGGUGCGGAAGAAACAACAGCGGCGCUCUGCCACGGGGAUCCGCAGCUCACUUGGCCGACACACAUUCACAUGUCCCCGGCCUGAAUCUCCAGGCGGUCAGCGGUGCAGACGCAGCUGCAAAGCUUUGCAGUGAUGUUGGUAGGAAAGUCUACCUUGGAGUGCGAGUGAAGAUGCCUGUCAAGGAGCUGCUGAAGAACAUCCGCAUGGCUCAGGGCUGGAACCCUCAAGAUCUUCAGAACCAGCACAGCAAGACACUCCAAGGGGCCAAGAAGCGAGUGAAAACUCGCAUGGGAACCAGCAAGAGGAAACGCUCCACAAGUAGCCUGGAGGAGUUGGCAAUCAUUGUGGAGGUGCUGGAGGAGGAUCUGAGGACCGGCACUUCCCACACUUCUCCUUUCCAAACGUUGUCCUCUCCCAGCUCCGAAGUGUCACCCACGCUCGAUCCAAACGGGUAUAACACCGAUGAGUCUGAUGAAGUUAUCCCCAGACCCAAGGCCCACAUGGCCUUCUCACCAGGAAUAGCAGAGCAGCAUCAAGUCCCGCCCCCUCCUGGCGCCAACAGCACCACUUUCCAGCCCAGUGGGACAGGAGAUGAUUGCUUUGCUGUCAACACACCCAAAUGGACACUAAGCAGCUCCCAGUUCUUCUGGGCACAGCUUCAGAAGGAGGAGGUCCAUCUGAGGGACAUCCCUGAUAGUUUGCUGCUGGCCACUGAUGGACAUGGACGCACAGCUCUCCACAGUGUUGUGUGUGACGGAAAGAGGGCGCUGGCUUACGCUAUGGCUAAAAGGAUGGCUGCACUCAACAGUUUAGACCUGAAAGACUUGGAUGGAAUGACUGCACUCCUCCUUGCAGCACAGCACAACCAGCACCUGCUGAUGGAUGAUCUCAUCCUUUUGGGUGCCAGUAUCAAUGAGCGGAACCACUCAGGAAAGUCCUGCCUUCACCUGAGUGCAGAGCAGGGCUUCAUCCGCGUACUGGAGGUUGUAAAGCGUGCCAUGAUGAAGGGGGUGUACAUUGAUAUUGAAGCCACCGAUAACUCUGGGAUGAGUGUCCUCCAGUGUGCUUCAGUGGCCUUGAAGUCCACCUUGCAGGAGUUGGAAUUGAGCAGAUCCUUCAAUAACACCCGACUGCACACUCUGCGCAAGGAAAAGCUCCUGGAGACCCUGGAGUGUCUGCUGCAAAUGGCCAGCUAUUCUCAUGCUAUGGGGAGCGCGAAAUGAGCGCCCGAGGCCGGCAGGCCAGCCCAUUGGAGACCCGACAGUAAUGUUCUGAGUAUGAUCAGGCAGGUUUGUGAUGAGGAGACAUGAUUCAGUUUGUUCUCUCAUGAAUUUGUCCUGUUACGUAAAGCAUCAAAGGUGCUGGAAGUAAAAAAAAAUACCUGUUAGGCAGGUAUUGUAAUAUUUUCACACAAGUUUAGAUGCCCUUUAUCUGGUUUCUGUGAAACUUCAUUGUUUGUUACGUUGAUGUAACAACUUAAAAUGAAACAAAGACGCUGUUGUUCCCUAGACGUCUGGAUUUAUAGCAAAUACAUUUGCGAGGGAGUUUAUAUACUGUAUGUGUACAUACAGUACACAGUAGCGUGGAUGUACAAGUGCUCCUUGAGUUAUGUACCACUUCCGUUCCUAGACUUUGAUGAGUCCAGUUUGGUGAUCUAACACCUAAGUUGGAGAUGCACGAUAUCUUUUUUUUUUUUCGAACCAAUACUGAUAGCUUUACGCUUCUCAAGACCCAUAUGAUUCCGUUAACCGUAAUAUUUACUUCUAAAAUUUAGAUUUUACUGUAGUUUGUGCACACCUGGAGGUAAGAAGGAGUUGAACAAAUUUGGAUUUGACCAAAUAUACCUGUUGAUUUGUCCUAAUCGAAGGUUUGCCAGACACCUUUGUGGUUUCACACCGGCUUCUCGGAGCAUGUGUCUGAAUACAGUGCACUUUGCUGGGCCACAGCAGGUGUCUGCCUCCGCUCUCUACUUUGGUUCUCCUGAUAGUAGUGAUGUGGUAGUAUUAAUGUCAUGAUACACUAAGUCCCCAACUAACGAACACAAUUGGUUCCAGACAACCGUUCUUAAGUCCAAUUGUUCUUAAGUUGGAAAAAAAAUGAAUAUUACCAAUGAUAUAGGUACUACAUGUACAUGUAUACAUAUACAGUAUAUGUGUAUGUAUGUAAAUAUGAGUAAUAUUAAACGAGGAUAAUUAAUGAAAAAAACAAUAAUAAAAGUGAUAUAAUAAUACGUAAUGAUAAAUGUUAUUUACCUUUGAAGAGGAGUGGUCGAGCAUACGUCGUCGUGGUGGAGAAGGAGGAGGAGUUAUUGGAAAAAAAGGACAAAUCAUCGUGGUUAGACUCUUCUAAAAGAGGUAGUGUUCUGUGGGUGGUGUAGAAUUAAGCAGGCCUAUUAACUCUUCAUAAACUUUAAUUACAUGCUCUCUCCGGGUUGUAUCAUAAAACUCUUAGCCUUCCUCUCUACUCUUCCUUGUCUUACUGUAUUUGUUGGUCCCAUUAGCAGUGUCACAGUGCCCUCUGCUGGUCAAGCAUGUACCAGUAUAAAUAUGGGUUUGCCGGUCAAGCAUGUAGCAUUAUAAAUAUGGACUUAUAAGGCAAAACACAUGAAAAUAUAGACCAGUCGGCUUGUGUUCGUAUCUCCGAAUGUUCGCAUGUCGGAUGUUCAUUAGUAGGGGACGCAUAAAAUGGAGGUUGAUCUGUGCGGGUGAGCAAAUCAAGCGCUACUUUUUUCUCGUGCCUGUGUUGUAACUUCCCCUGAGCUCACUUGUAAACAAACAUUCACAUUCCGAGGAAGAAGUCUCACAUUUUAGUUCCAAAUUCUCCAUAAUGAGGGGAAAAAAUCGAGCCCAAAAAAAAACCUUGAAGCGUCGCAGCGUUUGAAAAGUGCAGAGGUUUUGCCAGAGAUCUCCGUGGCGCAACACCGGCUGCUCAGAGCGUGUGCCCGAAUACAGUGCACCUUGCAGGGCCACAGCAGGUGGCUCCCUCCGCUCUAUACUCUGGUUCUCCUGAUAGUAGUGAUGUACUGUAGUUGUAGUAAUGUCAUUACAUUUGAUUAGGACAAAUCAGCAGGUACAGUUGAUCAAAUCCUAAUUUGUUCCUGUCGUUCUUACCUCCAGGUGUGCUCAAACUACAGUUAAAUAUAAAUUUCAAAAAUAGAUAUAAAAACUUUAUUGGUUAUCAGUUCCAUAUCAGUCUUGAGAAGCACAAAGUUAUCUGUAUCAGUUUGAAAAAAUAUAUACAGUAUCAUGCAUCUCUGAUUUUUAGUCUUCUUUGUAUCAAAAUGUGUACUUUUUUCCACAUUACACUGCACCUUUUUCCUCUUUUCUCCAUUUUAUAUAUCUAUUUUUUAUUUUAGGUUUUUUUGUGUCUUUUUAUUUUUUUAAUCUGCCAGUAAAAAUGUAGCUCCAUGCUGCAAAUUUUGUAAGACAUUUUUUUUUUAAAGGCUUCAAACAAAUAGCCUGCAUGUCACCCUGUCAGGUGGCAAAGCGUAUUACUACAUUACCCCCAACCACCAUGUUUGAUGUUUUUUGUUUUGUUUUAUUUCUAUGUACCGUGGGCCAAUAAAGAACAACCUGCGGGCAACAAAUGGCCCCCGGUCUGCAGUUUAUGUACCCCUGAUUUAGGGUUUUGUUUUGGGUGUUUAUAGUGACUAAAAUAGUUUGGUUUGGUAUGUGAAAGCAUAAGGGAUGCAUUGUUUUAUGGUAUGGGGCAGGCUGGUGUAAUUGUAUACAUUUAUGAGGGCAGGAUAUGUAUUUAUUGUACUUUGUUUUUCAAUAAAGUGUAACUAUCCAAAUAAUGAUAAAUAAAGGCUAUAAGGUGGAUGACAUCUCACUGCUGCUGUUUGUACAUGUUAAUAUUCCACAUUUGAAGAUGAAAUUAUUUUUCUGCACAUCUUUAUUCAAUGUUAAUUUAUGUAUAAGAGCAGAAUCGUUGAUGUGAGUAUGUUUGCGAGAAAAAAGUGUGAACCGUGUUGUCAAUCGUGUGUCCAUGACCACCUGAAACCAAAGGUGUCU